UCCACAGCAACGCCGGCUUAUCACCCCUCCGCCGAAAUUCGCUGUCUGGUCGCACAGGCUCACCAAAGCGCGACGCGCUUCUCCUCCUAAGAGAGCAAAUUCUGGGCACUGUCCUCCAAACAUCACCCUCGCUGAUCACUCCGAGUAACCGCCCCUCAAUCUUUCCACGUUUCCAAUGUCCGAAUCCCAGCCCGCCCAAGCUCCCGGAGCGCAAGGCCAAGGCCGGGGCGGCCGUCGACGAGGCCGCGGAGGAGGCUUUGGAGCUGCUCGCCAACCGGGACACACCGAUGGUCACCAUCACCAUUCUCAUGAUGGCGCUGGAAGGGGUGCAAGAUCUAGGGGCCAGGGACCCCGUCGCGGAGGCGGCGGCGGAGGACGGGACAAGCAGAAUCGCUCGGGGAACAAGUCGGAGGCUGCUGCUGAAGGUGGACAGGGUGAUGCGAAUGUUCCGACAGCGUCAGAAGGCAAGGGAAAGCAGCCUGUCACGACAGAAGAGUCUGAUGAUGACGAUGACGGCGAAGUCUGCUUCAUUUGUGCUUCGAAGGUCGACCACACCUCGGUCUCGCCGUGUAAUCACCGGACUUGUCAUAUUUGUGCGCUGAGAUUGAGGGCCUUGUAUAAGAAUAAAGCUUGUGCUCAUUGUCGAACGGAAUCCAACUAUGUUAUCUUCACGGAUGACCAUGCCAAGCGCUAUGAGGAUUUCAAGGACUCCGAUUUCUCGCAGAUGGACGAAAACCUAGGGAUCAAGUACGAGAACAACGAUAUCUUUGAAGACACAGUACUGUUGUUGCGGUACAAUUGCCCGGAUAGAGGUUGUGAUGUAGCUUGCUUGGGAUGGCCUGACCUGCAUCGCCACGUCAAAAGCAAGCAUGGCAGGGUGAUGUGUGAUCUUUGCACGCGGAACAAGAAAGUGUUCACGCACGAACAUGAGCUCUUCACCAAUGCAGAGUUGCGCAAGCACGAGAAGCAUGGAGAUGACGUGCCUGGUGCCAUAGACCAGAGUGGAUUCAGAGGUCAUCCUGAGUGUGGUUUCUGCCGGCAACGGUUCUAUGGCGAUGACGAAUUAUACGCACAUUGUCGUGACCGUCACGAAAGAUGCCACAUUUGUGACCGUCGCUCCGGCGGCCGCCAACAACAGUACUACAUCGACUACAACGCUCUCGAAGACCACUUCCAGAAAGACCACUUCCUCUGUCUCGACCGCGAGUGUCUCGAGAAGAAGUUCGUCGUCUUCGAGUCCCAGAUGGAUCUCAAGGCACAUCAACUUGAGUGUCAUCCCAACGGCCUUUCUAAGGACGCCAGACGUGACGCUCGCACCGUUGACUUGUCAACCUUUGAUUACAGAACUCCUUACCAACCUCAGCGCCAGCGUCGGGGUGCUGGUCGUGGACGCGAUCCUAACGCGGAGCCUUUGCCUGUCUCCAGCGCUCAGCCCUUGAGAAGAGACGAGGUUGCUUAUCAACGCCAAAUGGCCAUCCAGAGUGCCCAAUCCGUCUCGACCCGCAGCUUCGGCGGCCAAUUAACACGCAACGACACUCAGCCUGUGCGUGCUCCGGCUCGUCCUACACCCACCCAGACCCCUCCCGCAUCCACUCCAGUUGCCGAGAUGGAGAACCUCAACCUCAGCGCAGACUCGGCCUCCGUUACUCCUCAAGAGAAAGCCCGCCGUCUCCGCCAUGCAGCCGUCGUUGAAAGAGCCUCGAACCUCCUAGGCAACGAUCAGAACAAGCUCAAGGAAUUCCGUGCCCGAGUUUCCAGCUACCGCACCUCCUCCAUUUCCGCCACUGAACUCAUUGACGCCUUCUUUUCACUCUUCGAUACCUCCAGCACCGAACUGGGCAAACUCAUUAAAGAACUCGCCGAGAUUUACGAAGACGAAGGCAAGCGCAACGCGCUCCUCAAAGCCUGGAACGACUGGCGUGCCAUCAAUGAAGACUACCCGGCUCUGCCCGGCCCCGGCGGUAUGCUCCCUGGCAUGUCCCCAGGAACCGUGAACGGCAGCGGAGCGGGCGGAAAGCGUGUCCUGCGCCUCAAAUCCUCAACAGCCCAGUCUUCCCGUUCCUACGUCGGCAGAAGCGGCGCCAUGCCUUCUUCAUCCACCUCUUCCUCCGCCGCCAACCCCUUCCCUCCUCUCUCCUCAACCACCGCCCGCUCUACCCCCCGAACCUCCAAGCCCGCCGCCACUACCCCCUGGGGCGCCGCCGCCGCUGCAGCUCCCUCAGCUCCUACUUCUGCCUUCAGCAGCGCUACCUCUUCCCGCUCCGCCUCGCGCGCCCCGGCCCGCCCAGUCAACGCCACCAGCUCCGAAGCCUUCCCUGCUCUCCCUGCUGCUCCCAAGCCCAACGUCCUCAUGGCAGGUCUGACUCGCGGCACCGUCCGCUGGGAAGAUCGUAACAAGCCAGCCGCGAACGCCUGGGCUUCUCGGAACGACGCCGGUGCUAGCUCGUCCAAUGCAGAGGAUGACUUCCCCGACGGCACAAUGGCGACUCUUCUACCUCCCCCGUCGAAGCGUCAGAGGACGGAGACCGCUGAGCGGGCCCGUCAGCAGCAGGAGAUCCAGAGUAUCCCAGAGAAUUUGGGUAGCAUUCGUGUGCAAUUCUUCGACCAGGCGACGGGAUCUGCGACCGGGCCGGCGGUGUCCGUUCCAGUCGCUGAUGCCAGUGUGAAGAAUCUCGAGACUCUGUUGAAUACGUUACAAGGCAAUACAAUCGAUAUCCUCUCCGACCUGUAUCACUCCCUCUUGAAGCCCGGCUUGAAGACGACCGAAGAUACUGUACAUCUUUACUUCACUCCCCAGGCCGUGUUCCGCGUCAAGGCCGUCUCGCGAUGCUCCGCCUCGAUCGCCGGACACGGCGAGGCAAUUCUUGCGACCAGCUUCUCCCCUGUCAACUCAUCCACAAUGGUCACCGGCAGCGGUGACUCCACAGCUCGCGUCUGGGAUUGCGACACUGGAACGCCUCUGCACACCUUGAAGGGACAUACCAGCUGGGUGCUGGCGGUCAGCUACUCGCCUAACGGCGCCAUGAUUGCGACGGGAAGCAUGGACAACACUGUGCGCUUCUGGGACGCAAAGAAGGGCACCCCAUUGGGCGCGCCCUUGAAGGGACACGCCAAAUGGAUCACCAGUCUGGCCUGGGAGCCAUACCAUCUUCAGCAGCCCGGCCGGCCGCGCCUGGCGUCCGCAUCCAAGGACUCGACGGUCCGCAUAUGGGACGUGGUCUCAAAGCGCAUCGACACCGUUCUCACCGGGCACAAGGGCUCGGUGACCUGCGUCCGCUGGGGCGGAACCGGAAAUAUCUACACUGCAUCUCACGACAAGACUAUCAAGGUGUGGAAUGCGCAGAACGGCACCCUGAUCCAGACCCUUUCUGCGCACGCCCACCGCGUCAACCACUUGGCCCUGUCUACCGACUUUGUCCUCCGCACUGCCUACCACGACCACACCGGCAAGGUGCCGCAGGCCGAUGCCGAGAAGAUCGCGGCAGCCAAGCAGCGGUUCGAGCAGGCGGCGACCAUCAACAACAAGAUUGUCGAGAAGCUUGUGUCCGCAAGUGACGACUUCACCAUGUACCUGUGGGAACCUGGGAAUUCCAGCAAGCCCGUUGCGCGACUGUUGGGACACCAGAAGGAGGUGAACCAUGUGACGUUCUCGCCGGACAUGGCGUACAUUGCGUCGGCGGGCUUCGACAACCACGUUAAGCUAUGGAACGCGCGUGACGGAAAAUUCAUCACGACACUCCGCGGCCACGUGGGCGCCGUGUACCAGUGCUGCUUCUCGGCCGAUUCCCGGCUACUAGUCUCGUCGUCCAAGGACACGACACUGAAAGUAUGGAAUGUACGGACAGGCAAGUUGCAAGAGGAUCUACCGGGCCACAAGGACGAGGUAUUUGCGGUAGAUUGGAGUCCGGAUGGACAGAAGGUGGGAAGUGGGGGGAAGGACAAGGCGGUGCGGAUAUGGAGGAAUUAA